ACGUUGCUGUCACUGAUUCGCAGGUUCUUUUCUUUUUUUCGCACGGUUUCUAGAGCCCAAAAGACAGUGCCUGUAUCGCGAAAAAAAUUGUGCUCCGGCAUCUGUUUCGGUAAAUAGCUGAAUUUAGAACCGAUUAGCGAUUCGGGCGAUUUAAGGACCGCAAGCUGAACCUAGCGGGAUGGACGUAUAGCGAACAGGUUUCCAAAUUUCGGGCAAAGAAAAACACGCCGACUAUUGUCUAGCAAGAACAAAUGAACGGACGGUCGAAUAGCAUUUAGUGCAAGUGCAAUAUUCAAUUUUACUGCUGUGUGCGUGCCCGUGUGCGAGUGUGUUCUUUCAUCCAAAGAAAAGUACUGUCAAAAUUUCUUCGGAAGUUUGCGGGUUAGCCGAUUGGAAGUGUUUUUGCCGAAAUUGGUUUUUUCGUCCGCAAGGAUUAGGUGUAGUAGUUUUGUUCCUGAAGUUAUCACCCCGGUGCCAUGGAUGCGUUGGUGGAAAACUCGUCAAAUGCUCCGUCUCGGUUUUACUGCCACUCUUGCUCGGUAGAGAUCGAUCGAGUGUCGUCGGAUUUCACAUGCCCCCACUGUCUGGAAGGAUUCAUAGAGGAACUUCCGGCUGCCGAACGAAAUACGAAUCCACCUUCGCCGCCACCUGCACCGUCCGACAGCGACUCGAACACGAUGGAUUACAUGAACCCCCAGGCAAUAAGAUUAGCCACCGAUAUCUUUAGCAAUAGCAUUUUGUCGCCAUUGCUACUGUCGACGGGUGGUGCGGGAGAUUCGCGUGCGACGGAUUCCGAGGCACCUGCUUCGCUUGGCGACGAUGGGGGUGACUCGGCGGCUGGGGGUGCAACCGGCGGAAAUGCCGGCGGUCCGUACUCGAUGAGAUUGCUUGGAAGACACCGUAACCGGCGCAGGGGUGUUCAAAACAUUAACAAUUUAGACAACAUAUUACGGGAGAUACUGAUAUCGGUGGCGGAUGGUGCGAACGGGGGCGCCGGAGGUACGCCCAUGUUUUUCAUGGGUAAUCCCGGUGACUAUGCCUGGGGCCGGGAGGGAUUGGAUACCAUCGUAACGCAGUUGCUCAAUCAAAUGGACAACACCGGUCCUCCGCCGCUUGAGAAGGAGAAAAUAGCGGAGAUUCCGAAGGUAACAAUCAGCAGCGAACAGGUGGACAUGAAGCUGCAGUGCUCGGUCUGCUGGGAAGAUUUCCAGAUCGACGAAGUUGUCCGGAAGCUGUCCUGUGCUCACAUUUAUCAUGAAACCUGUAUCAUUCCCUGGCUAGAGUUGCACGGAACCUGUCCUAUCUGUAGGAAAAGUCUAGCGCCGGAGCAACAACCGGAUGAGCAGCGAGGCCUGGCAGCUGCCGCCAAUGCCGUCGCCAAUACGUUACGAUCCCUUCACUCGGAUGCGUUCCCGGGCGCUGCUAGCCAGCUGUCCGCUUCAUCGUCGGCCGACGUGAACGGACCGUCGACAUCUAGUCUGCUGGUCGAACUCGGUCAGCCGUUUUUUUCUCUCCGCGCUAAUAACCCAUCCCAGCCAAGGCCAUCGGGAUCUCGUUCCUCGUCGACGUUGUCAAGCGCGCAACAGCAAACGCAAAACAGCUCCUCCGGCCAGCAGGCAGCGUCGACGACGACGACGACGGCAACGGACCCACCAGGGGCGCAGCCGGCCUCAUCCAGGAACAAUGGCACGGAUGAAGGGGGGAACGGUAGCAGUAGCGGCACUAAUCGGUACCGUUUCGACGAUGGAAACAUUGACUACGAGUUCGAUUAAUGUGCUUUGAACUCGCACCGGUCAUUGUCUGGGGGUGUUGCGUAGAUAUCUGCAGGACGCUUUGUACCAAAAUAUUGUUUCAAGGUUUUUCGCGAUCGUUUUUUAUUGUUUGGCAUAGCUAUUGGAGACCACCCGAAAAACCGAUUGACCUAAUGUUAAUUAAUUUUUCCGCUAACAAUUAUGUUUAUUUUCCAGUUUACAAGGGCGCUACUAGUGUACAAUGUAUGUUAUACACUGCUUGUAUAAAUAGGUUAGAACGCCAGCUACAUUGGGGAUGUUUUUGUAUGCACUAGUGAUUUUUAUAACACCUCUAAGAUGUCAACGACACAUACAGAAAAGUAUCCUUAUCCCGCUUUACUCCCCGCGUUAGGAUUAUAAAAUAAUAUUUUUAAUAGUUUUGUGACACUUUCAAAAAAAAUAUUGCAUCUUAUCACGAUGCAAAAUUCGAAUAUGAAAAGAAAGCCGGUAGAAAAAAUUCGAACCUAACUGUAAGUUACGCAUCCCGACGUACAGAAAGUUACAAGAAACCGAUAACAGAUUGACAAGAAUAAAUUAUACUGAACGAAACCAAGCGACUGUGAGCAAAAUUACUUUUCGCCAUUUAGGACCAUUACGUAUACUAAGUUGAAUCCUAUUUAUCACGUUAGAAUGUCGGAGAAAAGGACGUACGGAACACGGUAGACUAAAGUUGUACGCUAGACCGAAAAAAAACAUACUAAAACACUACCUACUCUAAUAACUUUGAACACACACACAAGGCCCCACCACAGUCAAGGAGGGGGGGGAGGUCAUAGAACCGAAUAGUGCUGAUAUUCGUGCGUGUUGAUGCUAGAUGAAUUAAUUUAAUUUAUAUCAGGAGUAUGCCUAUAAUUUAUCAAGACCUAGUACCGCAAAAUACGCAAACGAUGAAAUGCAGAUACAGUUUAGCGAACCUAUAUCUUAACAUUAAAAUGUCAGAGUAAGUCAAACAAAGAAACAAACAAGAAGAAAUGGUACACGCGCUAAAUUUCAUAUUUUUAUCGUUAUAAUGUAAAUUAUAGAGAUCAGAAGUUUUCAGAACGAGUUCAUGUGAAGAACGAGCGGAAAUUAAAAUAAAAGUC